AACACCCCAGUAACUGACUGGUCAGAGCGUUUUUGCGAUUUUCCCACGGCUCUCGUCAUUGCGAUUUGUCCACCGUUCUCGUUUUUGCGAUAUUACCGCUCCUUCUGCGAUUUGCCGUUUCUGCAAUCGCUGCCUACGAUUUUACCUUUGCAAGCGCUGUUUAGUCUUUUUGAUGGCUCCCAGAGUGCUUGAGGCGCCCGUGGUGUACCCCUCGGAACGCGAGUUUAAUGACCCUAUUACAUACCUCUCGUCGCCCGAGGUAGUGGCGUUAGGCGAGAAGUAUGGUAUUAUCAAGAUUGUACCGCCGCGAACCUGGAAGCCACCGUUUUCUCUCGCGGACAGCUUCACUUUCAGUACCCGUUUACAGAAAUUGAGCGACUUAGGGCUCCGCACCCGCAGUAGGGUCUUCUUCAAGAAAGGCUUGAACCGCUACUGGGCAAUGAUCAAACGCAAAUCCAACUUGAAGACGUUUUUCAAGUUGGACCACCGCAAAAUUUUCUACUACGACUUGCACAUGGAGGUAGAGAAGCGAGGCGGGUGGGAGGGCCUCGAUACGUGCCUCACGGAGGUGGCGGCAGAGUUUGGCCUCACGAAACCUGACCGCGCCCAGGAGUUGAAGGAGAUAUACCAGGCGCGGAUCAAAGACUACGCUGCGUUUUUGAGCCGAAACGACGGGAAGAUCGCCGAUUUCCCGGAAACCGACGUGGAGGACGAGAUGGACCGGUGCUUGGUCUGCCACGGCUUUGACAACCCGGAACACACGUUGCUCUGCGACAGCUGCGACAACGCUUACCAUAUGACCUGCGUGGAUCCCCCUUUGGCGGAGGUUCCCGUCGGAAAUUGGUACUGCGACAAGUGUGUCAUCGGCACCGGCGACUUCGGGUUCGAGGAGGAAGACGAGCAGUAUUCUCUUGAUGAAUUCCAGCGCAUGUGUGCAGACUUUGACGAGGAGCUCUACGAGGAUAUGUAUGAUGGUCGGAAGCCGACGAUCAAGCAAUUGGAGGAGACGUUCUGGGACUUGAUUGAGAACGAAAACAACUUGGAGGUGAAGUAUGGUGCGGAUAUUCACAACUUCAGCCCGGGAGAGAUAUCGGGGUUUCCUAUGUUCUCAAACCCUAGCGUCAACCGACAAGAUCCCGCGGUUCAGCGCUACAUAAACCAUCCGUUCAAUCUCAUCAAGUUGCCGUUUGCGCGGGGCUCGCUCCUCAACUACUUGGAUACGUCCAUCUCGGGGAUGACCGUUCCAUGGAUCUACGUCGGCUCGUUGUUCUCCACCUUCUGCUGGCAUGUUGAGGACCACUAUACGUUGUCCGCCAACUACUGCCACAAGGGCGCCACCAAGAAGUGGUACGGGAUUCCCUCGUACGAUGCAGCACGAUUCGAGGCGUUGAUGCGUAACGCGGCACCCGACCUCUUCAAGAAGCAGCCCGACUUGUUGCACCAGCUUGUGACGUUGAUGUCCCCGCGUGAGUUGACCGCGAACGGGAUAACUGUCGUGAGUGCGGACCAGAACCCAAACGAGUUCAUCAUCACCUUUCCAAAGGUCUACCAUGCCGGCUUUAACUGCGGCUUUAAUGUGAACGAGGCUGUGAACUUCACUAUGAAUAACUGGAUCAACUACGGCGCGCGUGCGGUCCAGGACUACCGCCUCAUCAAGAAGGAAAAUGUGUUCAACUUUUCCAACGUGCUCCACAACAUCUUGGAUGAUUUCGCGGUAUUCUACGAAAUGUUCAAAGUGGCUCGGAUGGAGAACCCGCAGCUCACGUUGCCGCAGAGGCUCAACCAGAACUACUUGCAGUUGGUGGAGGACUCCUUCCGCAACUUCAAGGAGGACUUUGAGGUGCACGACCGUGAAUGGACAGAAAACUGGGAUUUCUUGCUUCUGCUUAACACCCAGUGCGUCACUCAGCUUCGCAACACCAAAAAACGGACACUCCAAUCGGAAGAGGAGUACAUUCGGCGGUUCCAGAGCGAGGAUCAGGAGCCGAACGAAAUAAUGUGCGCUGAAUGUAAGACCCUUCCUAGUUACCAGUACUUUAUCGUCCAGAAUUCUGUUACCCCGAUGGCCAAGGAGGAAAUACCCGAGGUGGUUGUGCUUGAGUCACACCCUAACCAUUUACAAACCCCCGUCUCGUCACCAAAGAGAGUCAGGUUGAGCCAUCUGAACUUACAGGUUCAUCACAGCUCCAUUACCCCGUUCCCGUCCCCCCAAUAUGGUAUCUCUCCGCCAGCCGCUAAAAAGACCAAAGAAAUCACGGAAAUCGUUCCAAGGCAGUCCAAAAUGGCCACAAUGUCUAAAAUGGCCCCCAAAAUGGCCUCUAAGAUGAGCCCUGUCAAGCGCUCCAAAGAAUCCAUCUUCGACCAGCCACAGACCAUCUUGUGCUUGAAUGAUUUUCUCAAAAUUUUCCGCGACCCCAUCACAUGUCCCGCGACGUCCAAGAUACAGGUAGUGAUCCAACAAUCUCCCCAGGAGCUCCGCGACUUCAUCAACGCCACUGAGGUGCUGUUGAACGGGUAUCGCAACGUGUUUCACUCUGUUUAAACCGCCCCUAAUGCUUAUUCCUGUGCACAUUAUGCAUUAAUUUUUUUC